AUGGACAGCCCUCGCGCCGGCGUCCACGGAGAGGGCGACCACUCGCCGUCGCCGGAGUCGGCGAGGAUGCUGCACGAGAUGGCGCUCCGGGAGGGAGGAGAGGUCGAUCUGACGGACGAGCAGCUGCGCUCCAACGACCAGCUCCAGCGAGACGAGAUGCUGGCACUGGAGGCAAUUUAUGGUGAGAAUGUAGAAGUUUUUGGUGAAACGUCUGCACCUCGGUCUUUCCAGAUCCAUGUGCAUUGUGAAAUUCCAGAUGGUAUCAGUGUGUCUGCAGAACUUCUCCAGGGUGUUGAUGAUUACCCAAACAACUGGCUCACAUUCAGUGUCGAACACUUGGCUCCAAUGUCACUGACAUGCCUUAUGCCUCCAUCAUACCCGAGCCAUCAACCUCCAUACUUUACUCUCGGUAUACAAUGGUUGGAUCGUGCGAAGGUUUCCUCCCUUUGUCACAUGCUCGACACCAUUUGGGCGCAGCAACCUGGACAGGAAGUUGUUUUUGAGUGGGUGCAAUGGUUGCAGAGCUCUAUGCUUUCUCAUCUUGGUUUUGAUGGAAGAAUAAUCAUACGACAGUCUGAUAGGAUGAUGGAUCCUGUGGAUGUUCGGGCUGUUGGAGAUAUUCUGUCUGUAGAGGAGAUUGUUGAACGUUUGAUCAGCUACAAUGAAGAGCAAUGCCAUGAAACAUUUCUUCGUGGCAUCCAUGUCUGCACGGUUUGUUUGCAGGAAUACACAGGCAUUGACUUCAUAAAACUUCCAUGCCGUCAUUACUUCUGCCGGAGGUGCAUGGAGACAUACUCAAAGAUGCAUGUCAAGGAAGGAUCAAUCCUGAAAUUGGUUUGUCCUGAUGACAAAUGCGGAGGCUUUGUUCCUCCUAAUCUUUUGAAGAGGUUGCUAGGAGAUGCAUAUUUUGAACGGUGGGAAAGAUUGAUACUUCAGAAGACUCUAGACUCUAUGACUGAUCUUUCUUACUGUCCAAGAUGUGAAACACCUUGCCUGGAAGAAGACGACACUGCCCAGUGUUCGAACUGCUACUUCAGCUUCUGCACCCGCUGCAGAGAUCGCCGUCACAUAGGGACAAGGUGCUUUACUAAAGAAGAAAAACUUCUUUCCUUGCAGGGGCGUGGCAAUGUACCCAACUUAAGCAAAGGCAAUGCUGGACGCAAAAUUAGCGCGGAUGAGAUAUUUAGCAUCAAGGAAAUACUUCGUUCUUGUGUUGCAUGUCCGCAUUGUGGCUUUGCCAUCUCACGCGCGUCAGGCUGCAACCACAUUCUUUGCAGGAACUGCGACAAGUCGUUCUGUUAUAGCUGUGGCAAGGCGCUAAAUGAAGAUCAUACAAGUGAACAAUGCAAGAUUGAUAGAGAGAAGCUGAGAGUGAAUGUGGAGGUGAAUGAUGUCGUCAAAAAGAUGCAGAAAGACCUGAGGUUGACACUAUCCAGAGCACAUCCAUGCUCGAACUGCCACCAGCCAAAUUUCAAGGUUGGUAACAACAACCAUAUCUUCUGUGGAACAUGCCAAGUUCACUACUGUGCUCUGUGCCAGAAGAGGGUGUAUAAGAGCACGGAGCACUAUGGCCCCCGAGGGUGCAAGCAGCACACCUCUGAUCUUGAUUUUGUUUAAACUGGACUAAGAAGAGUGAUGCUUGUGAAUCAGAAUCCUUUUGAGACAGAUGAUCCAAGGGCAAGCACUGGUCUCGGCUGCGGUGAACAGGAUUAGUCCUGCACAGUUACAGCUAUAUACGCAGUUUCAAAUAGCAUUAACAGUCACAUCUAGCACUCCUUUUGUUUUGCCGAGCAUGUUUUUUUCGGAUAUUGCUGAACAACUGACCCUGGAGAUCAUUCUAGUUUUAAGGGGUGGAGCAUCAGUUACGUGGAAGACCUUUAUAACUGCAAAGCUUGCUGGAUUCAGUACAACAUGGUGUUUCUAAGCAUUAUGCCUGCGACACAUUUUUUUUUAUCA